AUGGCGGAAUUAAGAGAAAUGAUGACGACGCGAAGAGAUGGUGGAAGGAGACAAUUGGAAGAAGCAGUAGAGGAAGCUGGAAAAAUACCUUUUGCGAGACAAAUACAACUUGCAAUAAUACCACUUAAAUGUAUCUUACCCCUAUUCACUAAUAUAUUUGAUGGAAGUACACGCGCGGUACAGCACAUAAAAGCUUAUAGUCGAUCUCUAUUGCAAUGGGAAGAGAAUGAUGCAGUAUUGUGUAAAUAUUUCUCAGUGAGCUUGACAGGAGAGGAUUUUCAAUGGUUUGAAGGAUUACCAGUGGGAACCAUUAGAUCAUUUCGUCAUCUACAGGGAGUCUUUUUGGGACAAUAUAUCAGCAAUAAUAUGUCACGUCCAGGAAUUGAAAAGGCGUUCAGUCUUCGCAGAAGGAUAAAUGAAAGUUUGCGUAAUUUAACUACGCGAUGGAGAACUAUGUGCAGUGAAAUAGAAAGACGAGUAGAUGAGCGAAAUCUUAUAUUAGCUUUUAUCAAUGCACUCUUCCCUACAUAUUUACUGUAUACGCAAAUCUUCAGGAUAAAAGAUACAAUAACAAUGUUAGAGCUGCGCGAAUAUAAAAAAGAAUACAUAGCGCUUGAGGAUAAGCAGAGAGAUAUGGAGUCUUACCCAAUUGCGAUUUCCAAUGGGAAUGAAGGGAAUGCAAGUUUACUUCCAUGA